AUGGGUAUCAACGCCAAUAAAUUAAGGCCCUCCCUAACGCCACUAAAGGGUUUCUCUGGAGAUACAAUACAACACGUUGUGGCUACCACCCUCCCUUUAACCUUCGAUACUUGGACAUGGACAACCACCACCAUGAUCGACUUCUUGGUGGUAAAAUCUCCAUCUUCCUACAACGCAAUAUUGGGAAGACCAAUACUCAACCAUCUCAAGGUGAUAACAUCCACAUACCACCUCAAGAUGAAGUUUCCAAUUGAUAACGUGGUCGGAGAGUUGCAAGGUGAACAAGCUCUAGCACGAGAAUGUGAUAUGCAAGAGUUAAGAAGUGGGCGAAAUGAAGCAUUGGCACCACCCUUUCCAUUGCCUUUGACAGUGGUUUUGGAAAAAGGGGUGGAGGUCAAAGACGAGCAGAGUCAUUAG